CAAAGAAUCACUUUGCACUUUCAUGCCGUUUUAUUGCUGUCAGAGCUUGCUUGUGGCGGAUCGGGAGGCCGAAGAUAUGAACUACUAUCGAAAUGCUAACAAAGAUGUAGCCCCAAGGAACAGCUUUAGACACCGUAUAGUUACUAAAGAAAUGGCUUUCUACUGCUUUGAUAUCUUAGCCAUGCAUCUAGGCUUAUAUCAUCAUCAAGAAGCGCCGUGGCCAAACUUCCCAAACGAUGAGUUUCCCCUCUUUGUCACUUGGAAGAUUGGCCAAGAUCACCGACUACGGGGUUGUAUAGGAACAUUUACCGCAAUGCGACUUCACAAAGGUCUUAGAGAAUACACCCUUUCCAGUGCUUUAAGAGAUAGCCGAUUUUCCCCAGUCACCAAAGAUGAACUAGCAUACCUCUUCUGUUCUGUGUCUGUGUUGACUAAUUUUGAAGAAAAUGUCAAUUGUUUAGACUGGGAGAUUGGUGUUCAUGGUAUACGGAUAGAAUUUUAUAAUGACAAAGGUCACAAAAGAACUGCUACUUACCUUCCAGAGGUUGCUAAAGAACAAGGUUGGAAUCAAAUCGAGACCAUUGAUUCUCUCCUGAGGAAAGGUGGCUUCAAAGGGACCAUCACCCAAGAUGUCCGCAACUCAAUCAAAGUGACUCGUUAUCAGAGUGAAAAAGUCACUGUAGAUUAUAAGGAAUAUCUUGCCUCCAAACAAUGUACAUGACAACUGUUUAGUCUAGGUCUAACAAAUGUAGGCAACUAGAUCUGUGAAUACCAUUUUCAAAGAUGUUAAUAAUUAUAAUUAUUAAUUAACUCCUUGUUAUAUUAUAUGUAUAUUUAUUGACACGGCCAGCGUCAUGGGAAGCAGUGCAGCUCUCUUUUUGUUGUGUUCAAGUCUCAGAGUCAAUGGAUGUUUUGAAAAUGGUAAUCAGAGAGCUGCAUGGCUUGCAAAGCUUGUUUUGUGUGGGAAUCACAUUGCAAUUCAAUCUAUUACACUUCAAAACCUUUUCACUAGUCUUAUAACAAAGGUAGAACUGCAAGGGUGGAGAGAUAACCAAAAUCUUUUAUCAAAUGUUUAUGAUUUCAACAAAACUCCUCAGAAAGACCUGAGUUGAUUUUUUUGUUUGUUAAAUUUAAUUAUAUUUAGUAAUGAUUAUGAAUUUUAAAUUAGUUAUAGCAUCUUCUCUCUUACAAUUUUUGCUCCCUCAAAUAUGACUUAGCUGCAUAAAACCAUUUUGGUGAAACAUGUUCAUAAGUUAACAAUCAAAUAGAAAUGUUUUUCAAUUACUCCAAUCACUCAGAAGCACACCUUUGUUCUAAUACAACAGAAAGGUUUGAUGACUUUUUUCAACUGUUUAAGUUACAGGAUGACUUAAUAUUUUUUUUUACUUGGCAGUGUCAAGUACCUCCACUACAGAUAUAGUUCUCAUUAAUACAGUCAACUCUCACUUAAGGAACACUCUCGUAAGCAGACAGUUUUACUCACUGACACAUUUUCAAUUCCCAUUUUUGUCUCUCAGUCAAACUCUGUAUUUGCACAUUCCCAUAGACAGACACUAACUCAUAAGCGGACUCAGACCAGUGUUCUCCCUUAUUUUACGCAUGACAGGUAAAACAAAUUUUCAAACCAGUAAAGCAAUCCUUUUACCUGUUGAAUUUUCAAGAAUUCCAAGCAGUUUAAAACGGUAAUAAGAGGUACUAAAGGUGGUAAGUGUUACCAGUUACCACCUGAAAAGGAGAACACUUUCAGACACUAUUUAAGCGAAAAUUUGUUUUUUCUUUUGUUAACACUCUCAUAAGCAGACAGCCCAUGCAUAAUAAUUGAUUCUUGGAGAUAAAAUUUGUCUUUAGCUUGCACAUCAACAAAAAUAUGACCUUGAGAUUCGUUUGUCAAAUCUCCAUUUGUCUGCAGAAAAGCAAGCUGUUGAUUUGUUUGUCAUUAACUUGAGAGUCCACCAUAAAACUCCCUCCUAAGAGGAAAUCCACCCUAUAUUUCUGAUGUUUGCUUAUGAGAAUAAUUCCUGUAGGCAAACAGUUCUAAUAACUGACACUUUUUUCCAAUUUCUGAGGGUGUUCACUUAUGAGGGAAUUGACUGUCGUUCUUCUGAGGUUUGUCAGCAUUUUGAUUGAGGGAGUCACAUUUUUUUGUGCGAGCAUGCAAUUUAGGGGUCAACUAUAGCAUGCUUGUUCUCGUCUCUCGGACAGGUGUAUUUACCACCAAAUAUAAGUUAGUUUUGACAACUUUCUGUUUUUCAGAAAUUUUUUUUUGCAAUUUAUAUUUUACUGCUCUCUCAAACAUCUCAGAAUUUAUCUUUUGGUAUGUACUAAGACUACAAUGUAGUUAGGACAACAUCUGUAUUUCAUAGUUAGUGCUACAAAUUGAAAAUUGCAUUUCAUUGAGUUGCAUUACCACAGUGUGGUACUUAAUAUCAAUAGUUAAUGUUUGCAUGAAAAAUUUUGUAUUAUUAAUUAAUAUUUUUUUCGAAUUCUACAACCAGCUGUUAUUAUCUGUGAAGCUUUCCAUUUAUUUUGGACACAAAGAAUUGGGAAUUGAUAGUGAGACUAGGGAACAAGGAAUGAAGAAAGUGUGAGGGAAGGGAAACGUCUGUAAGGGUGGCAAGAGCCAUGGCAGAUAAUACUAGAUUGUUUCUGUUUCCUUUUUUAAUUGCCAAAUUCCUUGGUUACUAUAAUUUUUUAGGUAAUUUCUUGUUUGAGCAUUUACCUUCACCUGGGUAUUGUUGGAAAUUCAUUGUGGCAACAUCAAUCCUUUAUUUUUUGUGGCUAGUACUGUAUUGUAAACAGCAACAAAGUCUCACUGUUUUGUUACUGUUAGGAAAAGUUUUGAUGUUUCCAGUCUUUAAUUCUAAGUAAUUUUUCCCAAACAUCACUAGAAUUAUUGGAUAUUCUUUUUUUUUUCCCUGGAAAUUCCAAUCAAAGGGGCUAGAUCAACCAAUUUUAGGAUAUUUUAUUUAUUAACUUACCAAUUUAGUUUUAAAAUGAAUCCAACACAUGAAAACUGAAAAUGAGAGAGUUACAGUAAACUUGAUGAUAGACAGACUUCCCAAAUCUGUUGCUCGAAACUCACUUAAAACAGCUAUGUAUGUAGGAAAUCAGACUUACUUUUGCUAGUUUCGUGAAAGGGGAAAAAUGACGGUUUACCUGAAAUAACACUGUAUCUGGCCCCUCUCUGUGACGCUUAAGAACAUUUUCUCUUUUUCCCACAAAUUUUGUCUUUCCCUUGUAAUUUAUCAUUUUGUUAUUUGCUUUUACCCUUUGCUGUUGACUAGUAUUCACUUUUUUGUCAUUUAUUUCAAAUGUAUGCUCUUGACUCUG